AUGGCGAUGGAUGCUUCCUGCUGGAGAAGGAAGCCAGUGUUUGUGCCUCUACUGGUCUUGGCUCUCAUCGUCGUUCUUUACUCCGGCAGAAGCAGCAUCGAAACAGCAGCCGCGGCCUUCAAGACUCCUCACAACCCCAAGCAUGAACCCACCCUACCAUCUACUGGGACUGGCUUCGACCAAGACGACGAAUACGACUCCCUAACCGAUCGCCAAUGCGCCGAAGUCUUCCCCGACCUCUACCACGAAGUCGAUCGAGCGGUCGAGUACUGGAAGAAGAAGAAGCGCCACACAGUCUCUGCAGACGACGUCGAAGUCUCAUGGCGCAAGUGGGACGAGGAGCCGAUGGGCGACGGCAGUGGAGGCGCCAUGAGGAUCCUCAUCGUUGAGAACGAGCUGCGCAUCCUGGAAAGCGAGGGCAUGAUGGGACACUGGGGACAUCGUGGGAGGGCUAUGGGCUUCCUGUAUCUGCUGCAGCGCUCACUACACAGCGCUCAGGCGGCGGGUGAAAAGCUGCCAACGAUAGAAGCUGCGCUCAUUGCCGAGGAUAUCGUCAAUCCUCCAGAUGGCACAAAGGCGCGCUAUCGAGCAAUGGAGCGAGACUCGGCUUUCAAGGACAAGAUACCAAAGGCUGUUUGGCGAGGCAGCGGCUUCUUGAACCCCGGCAUUCGCGAGAAGUUAUUCGACAUCUUUAAAGACAAAGACUGGUCCGAUGUUUGGUUCGCCGAUUAUGGUGGCAUGGACAGCGACCACUUCUUGACCGUCGAACAUAUGUGCAAGUACAUGUUCGCGAUACAUACAGAGGGUGUCAGCUACUCCGGGCGACUGUCCUACAUUCAAAACUGCGGCAACCUGCCCAUAAUCCACGAUCUCGAAUGGGACACGUACACGACUCAUCUACUGCGAGACUCGGGACCUGACCAAAACUAUGUGAGAGUCAAGCGGGACUGGACAGAUCUGGAGGAGAAGAUCAAGCAUUACAUCGCACACCCAGAGGAAGCGGAGAAGAUCAUCGACAAAUCACUAAAGACCUUCCGACACCGAUACCUAACGCGACCCGCCUUGUCUUGCUAUGUGAGGAACCUCAUCCGAGGCUACAGCACAGUCUCGUUCAAGCCGGAAGUCUACAGGCCCAAGAAGAAAGGUAGCACAGCACGAUAUCGAAGAGGAAUCUCUUUCGAGCGCUUCCUGGACAGCCCCAUGGACGGCAAGUUUGAAGAGGACACCUGGUUCUGA